AUGGAGUGGGUCAAUGAAACAGUGGUGAGAGAAUUUGUCUUCCUGGGCUUCUCGUCUCUGGCUGGGUUACAACGGCUGCUCUUCAUUGUCUUCCUGUUCCUCUACCUCUUCACUCUGGGCACCAAUGUCAUCAUCAUUUCUACCAUUGUACUCGACAGAACCCUUCACAACCCCAUGUACUUCUUCCUGGCUGUCCUCUCCUGCUCUGAGACCUGCUACACUUUUGUCAUUGUACCCAAGAUGCUGGUUGACCUACUUGCCCAAAAGAAGACUAUUUCUUUCCUGGGCUGUGCUAUCCAGAUGUUUACUUUCCUCUUCCUUGGUUGCUCUCAUUCCUUCCUGCUGUCAGUCAUGGGUUACGAUCGCUAUGUUGCCAUCUGUAACCCACUGCGCUAUACAGUGCUCAUGGGACAUGAGGUAUGUGUGGGACUAGUGGCUGCUGCCUGUGCCUGUGGCUUCACUGUUGCCCAAAUUAUCACAUCUUUGGUAUUUCAUCUGCCUUUCCACUCCUCCAACCAACUGCAUCACUUCUUCUGUGACAUCUCCCCUGUACUCAAGGUGGCAUCCUACCAUACUCACAUUAGUCAGAUUGUCAUUUUCAUGCUAUGUGCAUUGGUCCUGGUUAUCCCCCUGUCAUUGAUCUUGAUAUCCUACAUUCACAUAAUCUCUGCCAUACUUCAGUUUCCUUCUACACUUGGCAGGUACAAAGCCUUCUCCACCUGUGCAUCUCACCUCAUUGUUGUUACUGUGCACUAUGGCUGUGCCUCAUUUAUCUACUUAAGACCUAAAUCUAACUACUCCUCAAGCCAAGAUGCUCUGAUUUCAGUGUCCUAUACUAUCCUAACUCCACUAUUCAACCCAAUGAUUUACAGCCUGAGAAAUAAAGAGUUCAAAACUGCACUUCGUAGAGUUGUGGAAAGAACAAUUUUCCUGCCACAGCAUUAA